UAGCAAGGGCCACAGGGUAGGACUACACAGGCACACACAGCAAACCAUGUCUGCACCCGUAUGCCCUGUCUGGUGGUUUUGUGAUGCACAGAAGGCUACAGUAUUCUGAAACUGGAAAUUCGAUGAAAAUUAGCGACUCGGACAGUAUGGUGAUUAGAAUCUGAAUACAUCAUGGAGGAGGAAUCACAAAGCAUAUUGAAAUAUUUGACCGAAGUUGAAGUGGCGGCAGAAGAUGUUCUUUCUGAUAAACAACAGAUUGUUGACCUCGACGUGAAACGACACAGAAAUAGAGAAGCACUCAGUGCGCUCCGGGAUGUCAGCCAGCAGUCCGAGGAAAAAGUAAAGGUUUGCUUUGGGAAUAUGUUCAUAAAACUACCCAAAGCUACAACAAAGCACAUGAUUGAAAAAGACCAAGAGCAGUUGGACAAGGAAAUAAGUGAUCUUCGUAACCGUCUGAAAGCAAAAGUAAAUCAUCUCAAUGACCUACAGGGAAAACCUGAGCUGACUGGGUACAACCUCUCUCCUCUAACAAGCAAUGAGAUUAAGGCAAUCCACAGCCUCUUGAAGAGAUGAGUGUCACUACUGGGUUGUCUUGGGCAGAGACUGCAAGUGAACUUGACAUUCUUUGGGAAAUUGAGGAAUUUUUGAAGUGGAUGCUUGAAUACCAGGCUGUGCAGACUGAAGAGAUGAAUUGCCUUUUUUUCCAGAGCUGGAGGCAGAGUCCUGUAUUGCAUCUUCUGUAGACUACCACAUGGUUGAUGUGACUGGAAUCAAAAACUGAGAUGCCAUUUUUCCAUAUUAAUUAAUUAUUUGUAAUAUUACAUAAAUGGUAAAAUUCUCCAGUUUUGUACCUAUAAUUUUACCAGUACUUAGCCUAGGAGGAAAAUCUCACUUUUUCCCUUUGCCCUUGGUGAUUCAGUUUAACAUAAGACAAAGACAUGAGGACAAAGUAUACAAAAUGAUAGCCAUACAUUCAAGAAAAGCAUUCUUGUGUUUAUUGGCCGAUUGAAUGGCUGUGAUGUAGCCUUUUUAUAUCCGCCAACAAGCUUAUGCUAGAGCAGUGGUUCCCAUCCUCGAUACUGUGGGUAAAUCCCUUUAAACAGGAAAAGCACCCUAAUUAAAAAAUGAACUUGUUAAAAUUCUGGGAUUGCAAUUGUGCUUGGAACAAAAACCAGCAUGCACUGGGGUACUCCUGGACUGAGGUUGGGAACCACUGUGCUAGAUCAUUCUUUCUUACAGCAGUCUUUCAUCCAGCUCACUCACCCAACUGAUGUUGACAAAUUUAUCGAACUCCAUAAGUGAUCAACUCAAAUUUAUCAAAAAAUUAUUAUUAGGGACUUGAAUAAAUGAAACAACUUUAAAAUG